AUGGCCUUUCGAGACAGAUUUGAUGAGGACGGAGCCGAGUCCCUUCGUGAACGUGGCAACACCCUGUUUGCCCAAGGCCGCUGGUCGGAAGCCAUCGCCCACUACACCAAGGCCAUUGAGCUGUACCCUCUCGACGACAGGGCGUGGUCUAACCGCUCCAUGGCGAACAUCAAGCUAGAGAGGUGGGAGGACGCGGAAUUCGACGCCACCACCGCGCUCUCACGUGGUGCCACCACAAAGGCUCUGUAUCACCCGCCAGUGGUAAUCGAUUACAGCGCCUACCCUCAUAUCCUCGAUGGCAUCAUCCAAUACGCCGACCCCGAGGUCCGCGUUGCGUUGCGCCAGACGUGCCGCAGUCUUCGGAACCGUUUGCUUGGCAUCAACUUGCACGUCGAAAUCACAGCCUCUCCGAGCAACUCUCAGGAGCCAUACCUUGACUUUGUACAAGCACAGCCAUUGGGUAAUUCGUUUCGCCGCUACCUAAAGGACACACUCCUACCAUCAACGCCAGAGGAGCGCAAGAAGCGGACCACACUUGAUCUCAGUCUCUCUGGCGGUCGUCGCCACGAUCUCCGUGGUGUGGUCGACAGCGAUUUGCUUGAAGCACUUGUGGUGACAACGAACACAGUCCGCAUCAGAAUGGACGACAAGGGAUUCUCUGCCGAUAGCAACAUCUUCCUCGACAAACUCGAGUUUCUAACCGCCGUCGUAUUCCCCACGACGGACCCGCUGGCGCAUGACAUUUUCGCAGUCCGUGGCGGGCCAAUGCUUCUCAACCUCCCGGUAACGGUCACCCGUCUUGUGUACCCGCUCGCUACACCGUCCCCUACUCAACCUUUUCUUGCCGUUGCUGGUAUUCUCUGGGACCCUCGUCACGUCAAGAUUGUCAACAUUGCCGGCGUCAUCCCACUCCUUGCGGCACAAGUGCAAUGCACGGCGACCGUGCCCGUCAACACCGUGGACCUCGAAAUCGUGUUCAAAACAGCGCUCAAGGACAAAAUCUGGGAAGGCGUGGACGCGAGGACCACCGAGUACUAUCAAACACCCGCCUCGCUGAUUCUCAAGGAGCCUCCGCCUUCAGCAGAGGAGGGACUUCGCAAGAUCCAGUUUCUCACCAAAGACGAGUAUUGUGCAGAGCUCAAGCCAGGAGAGUGGGAGGAGCAGACUGUGGAGGUCAUGCCCGGAUUCAAGUAG